CGCUGUGCAGGUUAGUGAAGGGUUAAUCCCUGAUCCUGCCUUUUCUGCACACUAAAACCGCUGCCGCCAAAUCAGCUCCACAGAUUUACCGCUGGACUUGUUGAUUUAUUUCUCUUCCAAUAGAAAAAAAACAACAGCGACGAUUUGUCUUAUACCAGAUAUAUAUGCCCAGACUGGAAGAUAGCGGUCCUCCGCGUGGGCUUUAUUUAAUACUAGACAUGGGAGUAAAGCAGUGACGCUCCUCCUGUUUUCCUUCUCAUUUAUGGGCUUUUCCGUCAUUCUCAUCCUUCAGCUACAGAGGCUGGAUGGACUGCGCGGGUGGACAGCUGAUGUCAACUAUUUAGCAACAAAAGAUUGCUUUUGGGACAUUAUGUUUCCUCGUCAAACAUGCUGAAGCAGAAGCACUCUACAUGGAUAUAAGCGACUGAAUUACGGACAGGUCCUCAGACGAGACGGCUUGCGUUUGAUACCGACAAAAUCACCACGUGCGCACUUCUCUAAUGGAAAGCUUCCGGUUACUAUACAUUCUGGCGCGUGCUUAAAACCACCAGUUGUCUACUACUUCCUUGAAUGAGAGCAGUGAAUGGGAAUGCCCAGCACUGAUUCAUCUCGAGCAUCUUUCCGUUCAGACGCGUAGCUGCUACUCCCGGGGCGAUGGAAGAAAGCGCUUCUGACUUCGAGAGGUAACGCAGGUUCCGCGGCCCGCCCGGAGUAAGCCAUAGCCUACGAAACUGCGGCCGAAUUUACAAAAACCAACGGACAAAACGUCCGCCAUGAUCAGCAAAGCAGCCUCUCGGUCGGCGGUCUCUCUCCCCCCGGAGCCGGUGGAGAUCAUCCGGAGCAUGGCGUGUUACCGGCGCGUGCGUCUGAACGUGGGCGGCCUGCCGCACGAGGUGCUCUGGCGCACGCUGGAGCGGCUGCCGCGUACGCGCCUCGGCAAGCUCCGCGCGUGCACCACGCACGAGGCGCUCAUGGAUAUUUGCGACGACUACAACCUGGACGAGAACGAGUACUUCUUUGACCGGCAUCCGGGCGCGUUCACGUCCAUCCUGAACUUCUACCGCACGGGAAAGUUGCACAUGAUGGAGGAGAUGUGCGCGCUCUCGUUUAGCCAGGAGCUGGACUACUGGGGCGUGGACGAGAUCUACCUGGAGUCGUGCUGCCAGGCGCGCUACCACCAGAAGAAGGAGCAGAUGAAUGAGGAGCUGCGGCGCGAGGCUGACACGCUGAAGGAGCGCGAGGGUGAGGAGCUGGAUAACGCUUGCUGCUCAGAGAAGCGCAAGAAACUGUGGGACCUGCUGGAGAAGCCCGGCUCUUCUGUAGCAGCCAAGAUAUUGGCCAUCAUCUCUAUAUUGUUUAUUGUGCUGUCUACCAUCGCUCUGUCUCUCAACACACUUCCAGAACUGCAAGACACAGAUGAGUUUGGCCAGAGCACAGACAACCCUCAACUGGCCCAUGUUGAGGCGGUUUGUAUUGCUUGGUUUACCAUGGAGUAUCUCCUUCGCUUUCUCUCUGCACCCAAUAAAUGGAAGUUUUUCAAAGGUCCACUCAAUGUCAUUGACCUGUUGGCUAUUCUUCCAUACUAUGUUACCAUCUUCCUCACAGAGUCCAACAAAAGUGUACUGCAGUUUCAGAAUGUGCGGCGAGUGGUGCAGAUCUUUCGGAUUAUGAGAAUUUUGCGAAUCCUAAAAUUAGCUCGUCACUCUACUGGGCUACAGUCACUCGGCUUCACGUUACGACGUAGUUACAAUGAACUUGGCCUGCUAAUACUCUUUUUAGCAAUGGGCAUCAUGAUCUUCUCAAGUUUGGUCUUCUUUGCUGAAAAGGAUGAAGAUGACACAAAGUUCAAGAGCAUACCUGCCUCCUUCUGGUGGGCUACUAUAACCAUGACUACAGUGGGAUAUGGGGACAUUUAUCCAAAGACAUUGUUAGGCAAGAUAAUUGGCGGUCUCUGCUGCAUUGCUGGAGUGCUGGUCAUUGCACUCCCUAUACCUAUUAUUGUGAACAACUUCUCUGAGUUCUAUAAGGAGCAAAAGAGACAAGAAAAAGCCGUCAAGAGACGUGAGGCUUUAGAACGAGCUAAACGCAAUGGCAGCAUAGUGUCUAUGAAUGUCAGGGAUGCCUUUUCCCGUGGUGCAGAGCUUCUUGAUGUGGUGGUGAUGGAGAAAGCAGAGAAGCUUCAAGACAACCAUCUUUCACCUAGUCGCUGGAAAUGGUCAUCCAAAAGAGCUGCUUCAGACACCAGUUCCAAUCACACAUUCAAUCAAGAACAGGGUUCCCCGAGCAAAGCCAGGGCCUCCAGCCCUCAGAGGCUUAAUUCACAAAAAUUAGAGGAAGUGUACAACCAGAUGACCAAGACUCAGUCACAACCCAACCUCAACACCAAAGACAGGAGUUCAAACCGAGCAGGUAACAGAAGGGAUGAGAUUGAGCUUGGUACUUUGCCAGGUCAAAGAGUUGGUCCAUUUGGUGCUCAUGAAGGAGUGGUGGAUAUGAAAAGUCUGUCCAGUAUUGACAGCUACAUCAGCUGUGCCACAGACUUCCAAGAAAAUGCACGAUUCCCUUUUAGUCCAGCAGUGUCCCUGCCAUUGUCCCUGCCAGAGAGUUCUCGUUUUUCACACAGUUCUGGAUUAUCGGGACGGGUCAGUGCUAAUCCAAGCCUUCAGACCACCAUGGAACAUGAAUCCAUGCUUACUCCACCGUGUUCAGCUGCAAAACCUCCUGAUAUAGAGGGUUCACAUCAUGGUGAAAAUCUUCUGAAAACCUGUUCUCUUAGAGUGAAUCAUCACAGUUACGGGGAUUCGAGUCCAGCUGGUGGCCUUUUAUCAGACUGCUCCGCUCCUUCAGAUCGCUCCUUGAUCAGCCCAGAAGUAUCUAUUUACACUACAGCUAGCAGCAGGACUCCACCAAAAACUCCAGAGGGAGUUGCACUUACACCCACCAUUUUUACAUUUCACGAUUCCUCUAUCAACAGGUACAUUGAUGCUGAUACUGAUGAUGAAGAACAUCUCAGAGAAAGCAGUCCAUCAGACCGUCUGCUUGGAGGUCUGGGAACCAAGCCUCAUCUAAAUAUUAGUUACCAGAGGGGCACCAACCACUUGGAGGCAGCACAGAGGCUGUUGGGUCAGAACUGUCGAUUCCCACUGGGAAACAAUUCAAGUGGAAGUCAUGAUAAUCAUUUGGCAUUAGAUGCGUUCCACAGAUGUAGAGGUGGCAAAGGACGUUCUAACACCUUUGAUGAAGGCCUCUAAGACAUUUGACUGCAUUUAGUGACUACAGAGAUUAAAGACCAUGGAGGGAGGCAAAGGCAAAUGAGAUAGUAAACCUGAAUGCUCAGUGCAGUGUCCACAAUUGUACCACAGUUCAUUUUUCUUCCUGUCUCUCUCUACUUUUGUGUCUUUGCUGCAUUAGUGUUAGGUAGCCUGUACUGGCAAACCCAAAGGUAAACUGAAAACAAAAUUGACUAAUCUGACAUGAUUAGUUUUGUGCAGUCAAGUAGGAAUGAAAAAAAAAAAAAAUCAACACUUAACGGACAGAAAAAAUCUGUAAAGUACAGACAGGGACAGUCAUUCACUGCCAAAGUCAUCCAGCCAUUGCCCAGAAUCCACUUUCAUGAUUAGGCUUUAGACCAAGCAAGUUAAAAUUACAAUGUUUAUGAGAGCAACCCAAUCCCAAUCCCUAUAAAGAAACUAGCCUUACUUAAUUGCAGGUAUGAAUGUCUGAACAGCAACGAUGCCUGAGUGUGUGAAUGGGUUCAAUACGAGGAGUUUGUCUUUACGGUAAUAUGUGAUGUUUUACAUUUCUGCACACACUCUUAAAGUUGUACACAUACAGUGUAACUGAUUUAUUUUUAUAUAGACUUGAACAUUGUAGAUAUCUAGAAAUUUAACCAUUUAUUAUUAUCGAUUGUGUUGGGCCAGUCAAUUGUGUAACAACCAUAAUGGACAUUUACACUGUGGGGAUGCAAGCUUGCUUAAGUCAUUGUUGUCUUUAUUCUGUUUUAUUAAUGCCUUAUUUUAUUUUGCACUGGGCAAAUUAGCAAAAAUAUUUAUUUUAUAAAGAUGACUGGCCACAAAGUAGCAUCUAAUCACUAUUAUUGCAACUAGGAAUGCCAAAUCCUGGGUCAGCCUAUUGAAAAAGUUCUGGUCAGAUGAUUGCAUUACCUUUCAUACUUGUCUAAUAGAAACUAAUAUGUAGUAUGAAUUCUAUUUCUACUUAUACGAUAUUGCUAAGAGUGUGUGGAUACCUGGCCACUAUGGAAAUAUGUGGGUCUUCCACAAACUGCUGGCAAAGUUUGAUCCCUACAAUUGUCUAGAAGGUCUUUGAAUGUUUUAGGAUUAAGAUUUCCCUUUACCUGAGCUAUGGCGUCUAAUUCAAACCUGUUCUAGCACGACAAUGCACCUGUACACAAAACGAGGUUCAUAAAGAUAUGGAGUGCCAAGUUCGGUGUGGAAGAACUUGUGUGAUCUAAAGAAGGAUUUGAUCUCAACAAUCACCUAUGUGUUUUUUGUUGGAUUGGAACGUUUACUGCGAACCAGACCUCCUCAAUCGACAUCAAUGCCAGAGCACAUUAAUGUUCUUAUGGAUGAAUGGGCAACAAAUCUACAUAGACACAGUCCAGAAUAUUUUAGAGAAACAUCCAAUAAGAUUGAAGAUUAAUAUAACAGCAAAGAGGGGUCUUUUGGAAUGGAAUGUUCCAAAAGCAAAUAUGGGGCUAACGGUCAGGACAUCACAUUUUUAUAGUAUGUAUAUAUGGUAAACACAAGCCAUUGUCAACCACUGUGUUACACAUCUUGCUAAGAUAUUAAACGCAUACCUUGGCAUAGACUCUAUAUGUAUUUGGAUCUGUACUGAAGGGAUGAAAAGCAAAAAUCUUCCCACAUUUGGUGUGUUGAUGAUUUUUGAUACUAGAUAAACAUAUCAAUCCAAAUCAUCCCAUAGGUGUUCAAGUGGGUUGAGAUAUGAUAAAUCCAUGUUGCAUACCCUGAUGUUUUGUUAAAAUGGACAUUGUCAUCCUUGAAGAGACAUGUUUUAUUUUAAGAUAAUUCAUUUGUUACGAUAUUUGUAGCAUCGCUUUCUCUGUACAAAUGAACCCGAACCAUACCAGCAAAAUGCCCCUUCAGCAUAACAGAACUACUACUUUUCUUUAAUAGGGCACCCACAUGAACUUCAAUUGCAUUAUUGUUCCUACUAGUUUGUAAGUUUCUUUCUUUUAUCACUAAUCAACAAAUACCAUUUGUUCAAUGUUUCUUGUGUAUGGGUUAAUAGGAAAUUGCUUCGUAUGUAGGCCAUAGUCAUUGGUCGAGAAUUAUUUUAUGUCUUCUUUGAUCUGAAUUCUGAAUCCCUAAGCCUUACCAAAAGACAGCAUUUCAGACUUUUGUCAGACAAAAUAUUUUUCAACCAAUCGAGUGAGUCAGACUAGCAGACAGAUGUAGCGUACCCAACUCACACAGCAGUUCCAGGGAAACCACUAGUUGUAUGUUAUAGUGCCCCUAUUAAGACGUGUGUCAAAAUGACUACCUCAAAUUCAUGUAUAUCAAAUUUGGUGUGAAGAGGCAGACUUGUUGCCCUCACUUCCUGUUUGGUCUUUGCUAUCAUAAUCAUAAGUCUGUUAAACUAGUUUUGACAAACUAAAGUUUUGACAACGCAUUAUCCUUUAAAAAAAAGUCUGAUGCUUUGAGCAAAUAUUCUUGAAGAUUUAAUAAAAUUUGUAGAUGAGAAGCUAAAAAAAGGUUUUGUACAUUGUGCAAAGUAGCUCAAUAUCUUAAUAUCAAGGGCAGAGAUCCAAACUCUAAUUAUGUUUGUUUGUUUGUUUGUAAUUAUAAAUACUGAAAUGAUAAUGCAAUUCAACCGUCCCUGAUAAUGUUUCUACUGUAAUUCUAAUGUCUCCAUGCUUAUUGGCAGAGCAUUAUUUUAUUAUGGUACAUUUGAUUUGAGUUCUGUAGUGGAUCUUUUACAGCUGUUUUUAAUAUUGAUCAAAACAACAAAUCAGAAUUUUGUCAGACACUGCAUAUAAAUAUUUUCAGUGUGAAAAUGUUUGAGGUAACAGUCAACAAACAGUGAUGACAAUCAAAACAUUGUAAAGGAUAUGAAAACAUUCAUCUCGUUCAUGGAUCAAACUGUGAUAAAAUAAUAAUCACAGAUAAAAUCAUAAAGUUUAAUUGUUUUAUCAUAUUUAAUAGAUUUAGCCUAUUUAAUACAUUGUUUUUAAUUCAGUUUUUUUUUUUUUUAAACAUAUUUUUGUCUUGUAAUAUUAUAUGACAUGGCCCAUAAAAGCUGUACUUGUGAGCUUGCUUUAAAUUUAUUUGAGUUAUUUUUAUCCAUUCUUACACAGGCAAUUGUUAGGUAGGCUAAUCAUUUGAAUAUGCAUUUGAUAAAUGUAAAAAAAAAAAAUCAGCAUUAUUUAAUUUCCAGGGAAUUUACAUAAACAAAAGCGAAAAUUGUUUAGACCCUGAGUCCUCUAAAAUCCUUUAUGGUGUUGUUUGUAGGUCUAAAGGCUGUGUGUUUUGUAAACUUUCUACCUGUCAACUUUCUAUGCUGUUGUUUCUGUAUGUGUUACAGUAUGUCAUUUGAAGCAUGUUGUACUUCUGGAGUUCUAUCUUGUUCUAUAUGUGAUAAUACUUUGUCUUGUAAUGAAAUGGGAAAAAAAAAUUGUCGAAAUGUCCGAUCCUCUUUCAGUUUCUUUCCAGCAAAAAGAAACCUUUUCCCAAUUCCCCAUUUUGACUGGCUGAACAUUGAAUAAAAUAUAAAAUCGAAAAA